AUGUCAGGCAACAACUUUAAUUACCAACCAAUGCCACCAUCACAUUUUUACACUUCUUCCUAUUCUUAUAAUAAUAAUAAUAUUUUACCGUCAUCAUUCAAUAAUAUUGUCAGACCUCCAAUUAUUACACCACCAUCCAUUGAAGAAUAUGAAAAGAUGAUCCAAGAAAGAAAUGAAAAACUAUCCACCAUGGUUUUUAAUAAUACUCCCUACAAGAAUAUAAUUAUAAAUCAUCAACAAAACAAAUCAUCAGAUCAAAAAAUUCGUAUUGGAUCAAUAAUAGAUCCUGAUAUUGUGGAGGGUAGAGAAAAAUUUUCCAUUCCUAAAGAAUGGUUACCUUAUUUAGAACAUUACAAAACAUCUGUUGCAUUUAUAAGCUCAGAUGAAUUUGAAAAGAUUGGUGUUAAUGAAAAUAAUAUUGAAAAUAUUUUGAGAUUGAUGAGAUUGUGGGAUGAAAGUAGAUUGACUCUCAAACCAGAAGAAGAGGCACAAUGGGCUUAUAAAGCUCUAGAUGCAUCAUCAGAAUAUUCUCCAUCAUGGAGUCCAUCUAAUCUUACUGGUUGUUCAAAUACCUAUCCUAAACAUGGUGACUUUACAACUGCUUGGGCUCCAAAAGAUGAAAAAGGUAAAAUGGAAUUUGUAAUUUUAGAAUUUAAAAAUUAUUACAAAAUUAGAGGAAUUCAAAUUUUUGAAACCAAUUAUCCAGGAGCUAUUGUUACAAUAUCAUGUUUACCAAGAGGAAAAGACAAGUACCAACAAGUAAUCGAUGGAUCAAUUGUAGGAUCAACAACUUUUGAAGAAAAUGAUUCAUGGGUAGUACUCUAUCAAGGUAAUCCUCAACAACGAGAAAUACCAAUGAAUUCUAGAAUAUUCAAUCCUACACUUUAUCCUACAAAUUUCGAUUCUAAAAUAAUCAGAUUGGAUAUGGAUACUACAUUAUCAAAUUCUUGGUCUGAAAUUGAUGCUGUUAAAUUAAUAGGAAUACCAUCAACAAUAAGAGAAGAAGAGGAAUAUUGGGUCUCCUCCAUUGUUGACUUUUCAUCAGAAUAUAGUGGAUGGCCAGUGACUAAUAUUAUUGGACCUUCAAGAGUAUUUCCAAAUUAUGGAGAUAUAAGAGAGGCAUGGGCACCUUCAAAAUCACGUAAUACUAUAUCAUUGGAGUUUGUUAUUUUAGAAUUUCCACAAUCUUUAUCAGCUAAAAGAAUUGAUAUUUUUGAAACUUUCAAUCCAGGAAGUUUAAUUAGAAUAAUAGGAUAUUCAACAAAUCCAAAAACUGAUAUCUACUCAACUCCAUAUGUUAUUUAUUCAGGAAUGGCUAAUCCACAACUAGAAAAAGUUUCUAGAAUUAAUUCUAUUCAGGUUGGCAAUGAAUUCAGCUCAAUUCCAAUCAAAUUUUUAAAGUUAGAAAUAGAUACAAGUGGAAAUUCAGGAUUUUAUGAAAUUGAUGCUGUAAAGUUAAUAGGCUAUAGUUUUUAAUUACUCUUUUCCUUAAUAUCAAGUUUAACCAUUGUUCUGAAUGGAUCAUAAUAAGUCAUUUCAGCUUCUUCUACACCAUGACCAAGUAAAGUCAUAUAUUUCCACAAUGUAGAUUUGGCAUUUGCUGCUAUAGCUGUCAUAAUGUGCCAAAAUACAUGUAAAUACAGAAAAUAAACAUUUGGAC